AUGGCGGACGACAAUCGGCCGCGCAUUCUGGAUGACGAGUUCGACUUCAGUGCCGCCGACCUGACCAAACAGUUCGAGCAAUUACUACGGACGAGAAGAUUGAACGAGCUUGAAGAACAAGCACGAACACCUCGAUCCGCUUCACCAUCAUUAGGCCAUCGAACAUCACAACAACACUUGAACCGAUCGCAAAUCCCACAAUCCCCCAACUCGAUCCCGUCCUCCAGGUCGCAACAACCACCACAACAUCCUCCCACAUACACCUCCUUUCGCAGCCAUCCGAUAGUCCCAUGCCCUCCUCAAGAUGCCGCCUCUCUGAAAUUCCGCAAUCUCUUGAUCACCCUGUCCAUGACUCCGACCAAAUACGAGAACCCGGGUCUUCUUGACGAUGCAUUGACCCACGUACCCAUUGACAGAGUCUACGCCGAGGCUGAAGAGGAACACAACAUCAUGCGAGUCAUGGCAGAAUCUAAGAAUGAUGGCAGUAAACCAGAAUGGGGAUACCAAGACUGUGUCAUCAAAUCUCUGCUGAGGUGGUUCAAGAGAUCCUUCUUCACCUGGGUCAACAACCCUCCCUGCUCCAGGUGUCAUGGUGCGACCCUUACCCGAGGACAGACCCCGCCUACGCCAGACGAGGUCGCUCGUGGAGCCACCAGAGUCGAACUGUACCAGUGCGCCAACCAAGGCUGCAUGGCCUUUGAAAGAUUUCCACGAUAUACAGAUGUGUGGACGUUGCUGGAGACGCGCCGCGGACGUGCGGGAGAGUUUGCCAACUGCUUCAGCAUGCUGUGCCGGGCUGCCGGUGCAAGAGUCAGAUGGGUCUGGAACAGCGAAGACCAUGUAUGGACCGAGGUAUACAGCGAACAUCAACGACGAUGGGUUCAUGUAGAUCCCUGCGAAGAGCUCUGGGACACCCCCAGAGUAUACACCGAGGGCUGGAAUCGAAAGUUUGCCUACUGCAUUGCCUUCUCCAAGGACGGCGCAACCGAUGUCACUCGGCGCUAUGUUCGCAAUUCCCGAUAUAAUCUACCCCGGACCCGGUGUACCGAAGAGGUCUUGUUGUGGAUCAUGCACGAGAUCCGCAAGAUUCGAAGAGCCAACUUGGACAAGCCCGUCCGCACGCAGUUGAUGCGAGAAGACGAGAGAGAAGAGCGUGAACUCCGAAGCUAUGUCGUAAGUUCCUUGGCCAACGACAUGAUCCAUUCCAUGCCUGGAGCAGUCAACCCUCAACGAGGCGAUGAGGUAAAGACGCCCGCCGGCGCACCACAAGAAGCUGCCGCUCAAUGGUCGAGCCAUUCACAAGUCGACCACUCGGGAAAUGGUCGAUAG